GCGGCGAAUGCCCCGAGGAGAGCUGAGCUGAGCUGAGCUGUGCGGUGUAAAGCGUGGCUCCGCUACUCCUUUGGUGAGAGUCAUAGGAAAAAACACAGCUGAAAAAUGAGUAAAAGAUGGCUCUGUGGCCUGACGGCGCUCCCGGGGCCGCGAAAGCCUCCCGGUGAGACAGAGGUGCCCCGUGCGCACCCGGCCUGCCGGGAACUGCAGGUGGGCACCGUUACGGCAAGGGAACUUCAGCCCCUCUGUCUCCUGGGGGUGUGAAUAGCAACUCUGCAUUGAGAAGCUGGGCUCUGCCUCCGGUCUGACCUCCGGUGUACCCAUUGUCAAUCUCCUGCCCCUUCGGUUUCCUACCUAACAUGGUUUCCUGCAUCCUCCAGGUGCUCAGCAUGUCUUGGCCGCUCCAGCUCUGCUCACUCUGACCAUGAGCAGCAAUUCUUCCCUCAGCAAUGGGAAUGCUCUGAGGAACCUCACCACGCAAGAAGACGGCGCAGUCAGAGUCACUGAAGCCGUUGCUAUAAUCGUCAUUGGUGUUUUCAUCUGCUUGGGCAACCUCAUCAUUGUUGUCACUCUCUAUCGGAAGUCUUACCUUCUCACGCUGAGCAACAAGUUUGUGUUCAGCCUGACCCUCUCCAACUUCCUGCUCUCUGUCCUGGUGCUGCCUUUUGUUGUCACCAGUUCUAUCAGGCGGGAAUGGAUCUUUGGAGUUGUUUGGUGCAAUUUCUCAGCUCUGCUCUACAUGCUUAUCAGCUCAGCCAGCAUGCUUACUCUUGGACUCAUAGCCAUAGACCGGUACUAUGCUGUCCUUUACCCUAUGGUAUACCCAAUGAAGAUUACAGGCAACAGAGCAGUGGUGGCUCUUGUGUAUGUGUGGCUACAUUCCCUCAUCGGCUGCCUCCCUCCCCUCUUUGGCUGGUCAUCUUUGGAGUUUGACCAGUUCAAGUGGAUGUGUGUAGCAGCGUGGCACAAAGAGGCUGGUUACACUGCCUUUUGGCAGGUCUGGUGUGCGUUGCUGCCUUUCCUGGUCAUGAUGAUCUGCUAUGGGUUCAUAUUCCGUGUGGCUAGGAUUAAAGCCCGCAAAAUCCACUGUGGCAGUGUUGUCAUUGUGGAGGAGGACUCCCAGAGGAAUGGGAGGAAGAACUCCAGCACUUCCACGUCCUCCUCAGGAAGCCGAAGGAACGCUUUCCAAGGGGUUGUCUACUCUGCCAACCAGUGCAAAGCUUUCAUAACCAUCUUGGUUGUCAUCGGUGCUUUUGUUAUUACGUGGGGACCUUACAUGGUAGUAAUAACAUCGGAGGCGCUUUGGGGAAAAAACAGUAUUUCUCCUGCCUUGGAGACAUUAGCUACGUGGUUGUCCUUUUCCAGUGCCAUUUGCCACCCAUUAAUUUACGGACUGUGGAACAAAACAGUGCGCAAGGAACUUCUAGGAAUGUGCUUUGGGGAUCGGUAUUAUCGUGAGUCGUUUGUUCAGCGGCAUAGGACCUCAAGGUUAUUCAGCAUUUCCAAUAGGAUCACAGAUUUGGGACUAUCCCCUCAUCUCACUGCCCUCAUGGCAGGUGGGCGGACAUUAGGAAACAGCAGCAGCACAGGAGACACAGGUUUCAGCUGUUCACAGGAUUCAGGAACAGACACAAUGCUUCUUGAAGACUAUAGCUCAGAUGGCCCUUCUCUUCCACAUUGUGUCUGUCCUCCUCGAAGAAGGAGUUCAGUGACAUUUGAAGAUGAAGUAGAGCAAAUUAAAAAUGGGCUUAGGGAAACUGCAAAGAAUUCUGUUCUUCACGUAAAAGCUGAUGUUCAUAAAUCUCUGGACAGUUAUGCAUCCAGCUUAGCAAGAGCUAUUGAAGCUGAUGUGAAAAUCAGCUUGUUUGGGGAAGGUGCUUUACCAGGAGCUCUGUUUCCUGCGCGGACUCUGCCAGGAAGCGGUGUGAACACACGGCGUGGCAUCAGGCCCCAUGCUAGCCAAAGACUUCAGCUUCAGAGCAUCGAUGAAGGGAAUAUUUGACAGAAGAACUAGAGGAAAGUAACUGAAUGAAACCACUAAGUGGGACCUACCAUGUCUGUUACUGUUUGAACAGAAGCAGGAUACCUUGUUGGGACGUUUUCAGUGACACAUGAAUGUCGGUUGAAUUCUGGUACUUGCAUCAGCAUUUUGCAGCAGUAUUUACUUAUUGUUUAGGGUGCUAUUGGACUCCUUUUUGCCACAUCUGAAACCUGUCAUGCAGAGCAUAGGAACACAGAGUUUGAUUUUUGUCAACCAAAUCAUUAGGCCAUUGAAUCACAUUGUCUCUUUUCGGCCAAAGCUGACACAGAGAUGAAAAGUAUGUGCAGUGUUUAAUAAUUGUAGUGAUCCUUUUCUGAACACUAGGAUCAUCCAUUUAUACUUGAUACCUUGAGUGUUCUGAUGACGGCUUGUACGUUGGUUUCUACACGCAGUCUUACUGUCAAGAUUCCCAAAUAAUAGAGCAUGGAACACUAAGGACAACAAUUGAGCUUUAAGAGAGCUCAUGUAUGUUAUCAUUCUUCUUAUCCUUGCUAGCAGAUAUUUCUGGCCAUUUGUCAGAAUGCUAGGUAUGAAAACUAAUUGCAUGUUGCUUCUGCUUUACGAGACACCUGCUUCUCCAGAUGUCAUGGGUUGAAGCAGACCAGCGUUGGAAGUUUCACAGAAAUAUUUGAGAAGGACAUCACUGCAGAGUUCUUAGUUUCUCUGAGAACUGCAAGUCUCUUCCCUGCUUUUGCUUUGACUAAAAGAUCACCCUGCAGCUUCAGGAAGCUUGACAGGACAUGAAUAAGGUAUUACCACUUUCAUCAUAUAUGCAGGAUUCAUCUUUUCUAUAGAAGGAAAUUCCAUGGGUUAUUUUUUAAUCAUGAGAGAAUGUAGUACUUAAUAGUUACCUCAGUGCAUAUAUUUUUUUGGAGUUUUAAUUCAUUAAUCUCUAGAAUAAGACC